UCCAGCAAGGGUGUUCCUUCUCUUCUCUUCUAGGUGGUGCUGGUCCAAAUGGCUGCAAAGCUUUACGUUCUAAUCAGCUGGCCAGAUGGCAGCCGUGUGAUCAACAUCGAAAACAUCAAAGAACCCCGAAAGCCAUUUCAUCUCUACAUGGUGGGGGAGCAGGUGCUAGCCCGCUGCCCUGGCUUCAGUGGUCUGUACUGGGGGGUUGUGGAAGGCAUAAGCGGCCAUAAAGAUAUCUUAGAGAAAAGGCUGCAGGAAAAUAGACAACUCUUUGAGAAGCUAAAAGAAGAACCAGCAGUGCAGAGUGGGCUGCCAUCCCAACCUAAAAAAUCAAGGAAGACUUUUCCAAAAUGGAUGCCAGGAAGUUUCUCUCGCAAAUACAGCAAUGACAGGAGCUUCUACGUCAAACCGCUGGUUGGGGAUGAAGACGCAGGGCUCAAGCAUGAUGCUGCCGCCUCUUCUGUCUUAAAAGAGAGGUGCAUCCUGACUAGCACGACUAGAUCCCACUGCACAAUGUCAGCACCUUACCACUCUUCCAUGGCCUUCAAAUCACCGUCUCCAUUCUUGUCCCUGGCUGUGCCUGGAACAUCCCAGAAUGAAGACGCAAGGCCUGGCAUGGCUACCGGAGAUUACAUCACCCUGACAAUGAAAAGGAAGUCAGAUGGCAUUCUAGCUAAGUGUCAGCAGCACAUCUGUACCAACAGCUGUGAUGAACCAAAGACUAAAGGUUCCCCAGAAACAGAUGAUUUUGAGGUAGUUCAGAAAGAUUUUGGCCCUGGUGAAGUGGAAAGGUCUGAGAAGAUUGAACAACUGGAGAAAAUCAUAGUAGAUCUCCAGCAAGAGGUCUUCUCCCUGAAACGGAAAGUGCAGCGGCUGGAAUCGCUGUCCUUUCAGGAAGAACCUCACAGGCAGCAAUGCGAGGUGGUGGAACUGUUUAAUGGCUACACAAAGGAGCAUCUGAAAGAGGCCAUCCGAUUUGACCAGAAAAUCAGCACUGCCUGCAAAACACUGCUCUACAAGCUGUUCACAUCUGACUAUAUACAGAGCCACUCCAUCACAGGAAGGAGAGGGAACACCUUUCGGGAGGCUAAGCCCAUGAUGGAUGAGCGGUGCAUCAAAAUCAUUAGGGUGUUACUGAAACAGAAGUUUGGGGACCACCUGAGUGACACAGUAAUCACUGAGAAAAUCCAAAAUGUGCAGAAAGCACUCAGGCAGAAAUGUAAGACUGAGUGUCUCUGAGAAGCAUGUAAUUCGGUGUCUCAUUUCCUAGGCAGUGCCGGAAUCUAGAAUACAAUGCGAUGAGCAGUCUUUCCAAGAUACCUUUGUUGUCUUGCUGGAUUAAUUGUGGAAGCGCGGUGAAAUAUCUGCUAGAAACAACACAAACUAUUUGUGGUUGAAAGUCGUUUGCAUUCAUAUCGUGGGAGAUUUUCACCCAGAAUUUUCCAAGUCGCAUCAUUUUACAUACCCCUCAGUUUUGCAAAUCAUGCAAAGGAGUCGAUGUUUUUGUUCCAUUUAUAAUGGACAACUUUUGGUGGUGGGGGGAAAAGAUUGGAAAUUUCAACUGAAGAAGCCCCCAGAAAUUUGGAUGGGUAAUCAAAUCUGAUUCCAACUAUUCAAACACCUUGAGUCUGAAAAAUGAUGCUGAAAAUCUCACAAGAAGUAGGCUUUAAACAUCCAAACUUUUGGAUGUGUGUUCCAGACUGAAACGCCCAGCACUGCUACCACUGCACACACGGCAGACAACUAGUAUUUCAGAUCCAGCUCAAACGAAGCUAUAACCCAUUUGCAGACUUGCAAACACCAAGUUUAACCUUUUCACUAGUCUCUAUUUCCUUGCCUCCUCUCAGGUUACUGAGACGAUGAGCAAGGCAGAGAGGGAAGCAAGCCACCACUCACUGAAAGGGCAUGGUGAGACACUUUCCGCUUCUCUCUCUCAUAACACGCAAGGCAGUAAGAGUAGAUGCCACAUUCAGCCUUGUAGUGGGUCAGAACAAAAAAUGUCACCUCUCGGGGCAAUGAGUGUAACCUGAAUGAAAGCAAUACAUGGGAAUUGUGCAUGCAACUUAAUGGGCUCUGGGCCCAGCUGGUCCUCACAUGGGAUUUACAUCCCUUUCCUCAUUCAACAUUGCUUCUCUCCUCUCAGCUGCAGCACCCAGCUUCUG